UGGGAGAUGGGAAGUAAUGAUAGCUGGCACCUAAACUAAACUAUCUGUGUAGGCACUACCACCGCAGAACUUCAGGAUGAAUGGGGAUAUGCCUCAUGUUCCCAUCACUACUCUUGCAGGGAUUGCUAGUCUUACAGACCUUUUGAACCAGCUGCCUCUUCCAUCACCUUUACCUGCUACAACAACAAAAAGCCUGCUUUUCAAUGGACGGAUAGCAGAGGAGGUGAACUGCCUUCUGGCUUGCAGGGAUGAAAAUCUGGUCUCUCAGCUUGUACACAGUCUCAAUCAGGUGUCAACAGACCACAUAGAACUGAAAGACAACCUUGGCAGUGAUGAUCCAGAGGGAGAUAUACCAAUCCUGCUGCAGUCUAUCCUGGCAAGGAAUCCAAAUGUUUUCAGGGAGAAAAGCAUGCAAAACAGAUAUGGGGUGCAAAGCGGGAUAAUGAUGUCGCAGUUCAACCUCUCUCAGAAUUCCAUGCGUGGGAGUCCUGCAUCUUCCAGUUACCAACAAACCACUAUCUCACACAGCCCUUCCAGCCGGUUUGUGCCACCACAGACAAGCUCUGGCAACAGAUUUUUGGCACAACAGAACAGUCCAGUGCCUAGUCCAUAUGCUCCUCAAAGCCCCGCAGGAUACAUGCCAUAUUCACAUCCUCCCAGUUACACGCCACAUCCUCAGAUGCAGCAAGCUUCAGUAUCCAGUCCCAUUGUCUCAGGUGGGAUGAGAAACCUCCAUGAAAAUAAAGUUUCAAGUCAGUUGUCUGGCAAUUCAGCUAAUCAUCAUGCUGAUAAUUCUAGACAUGGCUCAAAUGAAGACUACCUACAGAUGGUGCACAGACUAAGCAGUGAUGAUGGUGAUCCUUCCAUAAGGAAUGCUGCAUCCUUUUCCUUGAGGUCACCGCAGUCAGUGUGCUCUCCAGCUGGAAGUGAUGGAACCUCUAAAGGAUCAAGACCACCUUUAAUCCUACAGUCUCAGCCUCCACCUUAUUCAUCACCUAGAGAUGUGCCCCCAGACAUAUUGUUAGAUUCUCCAGAAAGAAAGCAAAAGAAACAAAAGAAAAUGAAGUUAGGCAAGGAUGAAAAAGACCAGACUGAAAAAGCUGCAAUGUAUGAUAUCAUUAGUUCUCCUUCCAAGGACUCCACUAAGCUUACGUUAAGACUCUCUCGUGUAAGAUCUUCGGAUAUGGACCAGCAGGAUGAUAUGCUUUCUGGUUUGGAAAACAGCAGUGUGUCAGAGGGUGAUAUUCCUUUUAAUGUGCAGUACCCAGGACAGACUUCUAAAACACCAGUUACUCCACAGGAUGUUACCCGCCCACUAAACGCUGCUCAGUGUUUGCCGCAGCACGAACAGACAGCUUUCCUUCAGGCACAACAAGUGCCUGUUUUACAACAGAACACUUCAAUUGCUGCAAAACAACCUCAAACUCCUGUGGUACAGGCACAGCAACAGGUUUCGCACCACGGAACUAUAACGUCAUAUGAUGAAGUAGAAUUGGAUGCAUUGGCUGAAAUUGAGCGGAUAGAACGUGAAUCAGCUAUUGAAAGGGAGCGGUUUUCAAAAGAAGUGCAAGAUAAAGAAAUGGAGAUGAAACAAAAUGAGGGAAAACAAAAUAAUGGUAAGCAGGAAAUAAGACAGAGGCCCGAGACACCAAAACAGAAGACUGAAGGCAGGCCCGAAACGCCAAAACAUAGACAUGAUAAUAGGCGGGACUCCAGUAAACCACUGUCAGAGAAGAAAAUUGAACUAUCUCGGCAUAAACCAGAUAUGAAAUCUGAUCCUUCAAGGAUAAAAUCUGAAAGUAGAUCUGAUCCAGGAAAGCAAAGACCAGAUGGGCGUUCUGUUUCUGAUACUCCAAGGCGUGACCAUGACAGCCUUAAACAAAGACCUGAGGACAGAGGGGAGUCAGAGAGAUACAGAGGAGACCCAUCCAAGAUUAGAAGACCUGAAUAUUUGAGAUCCUCAAACAAAAGUGAACAUGAUUCUAAGCAUGGUAUUAAAUCUGAUGGUUCCAAAACUGAGAAAUUGGAAAGGAAACAUAGACAUGAGUCUGGUGAAUCAAGGUUUUCUUCUGGGGAUCAGAAAUCAAGACCUGACAGCCCUCGUAUAAAACAGGAAAGUAAAGGAGAUUCUAGUAAAUCAAGACCUGAUAAAGCUGGUUUUAAAUCACCUAACAACAAGGAUGAACGAAGGACAGAUGGUAAUAAGAGUAAAGUAGAUAGUAAUAAAGCAUAUGCUGAUAAUAAAGCAGAAUUUCCCAGUUAUUUGUUGGGGGCAAGAUCUGGUGCAUUGAAGCAUUUUGUCAUUCCAAAAAUCAAGCGUGAUAAAGAUGGCAAUGUCACUCAGGAGUCGAGAAAAAAUGAAAUUAAAGAUGAACAGAAGCAUAAAGUAGAAAACAUUGGUCUAGUUGAAGAUCUAAAUAAAGGAGCUAAGCCUGUAGUUGUUCUUCAGAAGCUAUCUCUGGAUGAUGUGCAGAAAUUUAUUAAGGAUAGAGAAGAUAAAUCAAGGAGCUCUUGUUUUAAACCUAACAAGAACAAGUCAUCCAAAUCUAAUAAAG